GCCCGAGCAGCAGUGCGUGCCCGUCCCAGCAUCUCACCAGCCACUGCUCCGGCAGAGCCAGGCGAAGGUGAGGAUCCCUCGGGAAGCAAUCUGGGCCAUCCACUUCUGUCACACCUGGCCAGGGCAUGAUGCGCAAUGCCAGGGGCCCUUUCUGCUGCAGGGCUGUUCAGUGAGCACAGCACGUUUCUUGCAGGCUGGUGCAGAGCAGCAGCCACCACCUCUUGCCUCCUCCUGCAGCGAAGGUGGCGUUGGCCACUCGGCUGGUGAGUUUGGGGAAAACAAGAGCAGGACGGCCCUUCUCUCCUCCUCUCCCAGACAGACACUCGUGCUGCACUGGGGCUGCUGCUCCCUUUUCCGCAGGGCACGUCCGUACCACGGCUCUGCAGCAGGAAAGACCUGAGCCCCCGGGGUCGUGUACUCCCAAAUCAUGCUGUUCCCCUGCACGCGAUGGUGGGGGAAGAGCACUGAGAUUGUCAAGGAGAGCUUGCCUGGCAUUUCUUCUCCACAGCUCUUUGCUCUCUUCUCCUUGGAACCAGGUGGCUCCAGCAGGAGGAGGAGGUGGCUGCCCUGGCCCUUCGCACGGGGAAGGACCUCAGAUGCUGCAGAGGCUGCCGAACCAUCAGGCUCUGGCCGCACGGGGGUUCUGUUUGGCCGGCCCCUGGCAGCUCUCUGCAGCCAGAACGGCUUGCUGCCCCAGCCCAUCCAGGACCUGCUGGCUCUCCUGCAGGAGCACGGACCAUCCACCGAGGGGAUCUUCCGGCUGGCGGCCGGCGAGCGCGCCUCCCGAGAGCUGCGGGAGGCCCUGGACAGCGGCGCCCAGGUGCAGCUCGAAAGCCAGCCGGUGCACCUCCUGGCCGCCAUCCUGAAGGAGUUCCUGCGCAAGAUCCCCUCCAAGCUCCUGCAGGCAGAGCUGUACCAGGACUGGAUGAGCGCCCUGCACAACACCAGCAGGCAGGAGAGGCUGGCGGGGCUGAAGGACGUGGCCAGCAAGUUGCCCGAGCCCAACCUGCUCCUCCUCAAGCAGCUGCUCACCCUGCUGCACACCAUCAGCAGCAACGCCGGCACCAGCAGGAUGACAGCGGCCAGCCUGGCCAUCUGCGUGGGGCCGAACCUCCUCAGCCCACCGGAGGAGGACACGCUGCCGCUGGACGUCCUGGUGCAGGUGACCGGCAAGGUGACGCAGCUGCUGGAGUUCCUCAUUGUCCACCACGAGGAACUCUUUGAGGAGGAGGAGGCUGGGCUUCCCAGUGCAUCCACCGAGGAGUUGCCAGCACCAGGGGCAGAAGCAGAAGCCUCAGAGGUGCCUCCAGUCACCCUGGAAAGUGAACACCUGAGUAGCACCUCUGAGGAGAGCAGCUUCUUGGAUUUCCUGGAUGAGCUCUGA